AUGAGACGCAAAUUCGUGUUUCUUCCCACUACGCUGCUCAUCUUGAGAUUGAUUUCGGCUACCCCGAUAUCCUUCUCAGAUGUAACCGAUUCCGGUAUCGACCCUACCGACGAUAAAGUAGAUUUAUCGGUGGAAUACGACACUCUUGAGAUCAUGGAGCAUGUGGAUCCAGAAGAGCAUACGACGUACAAUCUAUGCGAGGAUAUCAUUGUAUCAUUUGAUCCGAAAUUUGAUGGGCUGGCCGACACGGACACCAAGUUACACACAGACGAUCACACAUACAUAGAAGACCAUACUCAGGAUUAUGAGGAUGAUGAUAUUGGAGAGAUAGCACUAGUUACCCACCGAAUAUGUAAGAGACCCGCUGGAGGAUCAUCCUCGAGCUCGAGCUCGAGCUCUAGUUCCAGUUCUGGCUCGAGAGGCGGCUCGUCAAGUUCAGGGUCAACAGGAUCUUCUGGAUCUUCAAGCCCUAGUGGGGGACGAGGCGGAACAUCAGGAACAUCAGAAACCAAUUCCGGUAAUAGGGGUGGAACGAGUGGUAGUAGUGGAAGUAGGAACUCAGGAAGUGCAGGCGAUACCGAUGGCGAUGUCAGUGGCGAUUCCGAUUCCGGUUCGGGUUCGGGAACAGGAACAGGUAAUAGUGGUUCAAACUCUGUUGCUACUGGUGGAAAUCAAGGCCAAGUCACUGGUGGAAGAGCAACGACCGGUACGAGCGGUUCAACACCUACUACAAGUCUUCCAGCAGGAACAACUACUACCAAUGGAGGAGUGUCAACUGGUGCUGUACCUGGCGGUGGUACAGGAACAGGCUCUAGAAUUAAUGGUUCUCAUCGAAAUUAUUCACAAGUCAGAGACAUCUUGAUAGCCAGUCUCAUUGUUGUAGCACUUAAUGUCGUUUUAUUUCCAGUAUGA